CAAUCUCCAUCCAGCUUUUUCUUACGGCUACGAAGACCGCCGAAGAUUCAACAGAAGUUACAUACAGGAAAUGCAACGGAAUGUUUCUGUUUACGUGAAGCGGUGGGAAGCAGUACAAGUUUUCCGAUCAGAUAUACCAUGGAGGAAAAUAACUUUUUCACGCACAGAAAAGGAACUGAAAGCUCGCGACCAAACACAUACCAUUUCAAAACAAUAUCAGUGCGCCCUGGUCGGCAACUCGGGCAUCCUAUUGGACAGUCGAUGUGGUGACGUCAUCGACAAGUUCACAUUCGUCAUCCGUAUGAACCUAGCUCCUUGCGGAGGUGAAUUCAAACGUGACGUUGGGUCUAAAGUAAAUUUAGUUUCUGUCAACGUGGACCAGCUUGAGAGAUUGAUAUCUUGUACGGACACCCAUUACCCACCUGAAGCGAAGUGCAGUGUCAAGGACCAACGUUGUCUAAAAGAGCGGGAAAAGAAGUACGGGACUCCCAGAAAACCUAUCGAUUGCGAUGACCUGAUUAAUAGAUUGAAGAGAGCUAACGGGACCACUAUUUGGUACUUCAAAAAGAUUGGAAACAUUGCCGCUAUCAAGAGAAUGCUAGGUGUACUCAAACCGAAAUACAACAUUGACAUCUAUUUUGCUUACAGCCCGAGAAGCCUCAUGGGACCUGCAAGCAAAGCAUUCAAAGUUGGAUUUCCGUCAACCGGUUUGGCGAUCUACUCGGCCGCUACCCAGUUCUGCCACGAGAUACACAUGUUCGGAUUCUAUCCAUUUUAUCAGGAUUCGAAUAACCGGACUCUUCGUCACCAUUACUAUGAUCAGCGCAAGAUAAAUUACACUACGAAUCCGCAUUACAUGCCAAACGAGUACAAAACCUUCCUUCGGUUAAACCGAACCGGAGCAAUAAGUCUUGUCAAUAGUUGCAGAUGACUGUACAUAUUUAAUAAUUGUUUUGCCAGUUGCAACAUUAUACUUUUCAUGGAUUUACAUGAGUGAGUGGUUGUGCGUGACAGAUUGAGGUUGUGUGUGUGGAUGUGUGUACAAGUUAAAACAAACUUGCACAGCAUGAAAUAUGAAAUCAAUAAUGAUAAAAAAAUAAUGGCUUGAGUGAUCACACUGAAUGGGAAUUGCUAUCGAUCUGUUCUACCUCACGCCUGAAUAUUCAUAAUACUAACGUAAAUUGAUAAGUAAAUAAGUAAAAAAAUCAACAAAUAAUU